AUGUACGAUCAAAAUGAAGAGAACAUUAAUGAAGUUAAUAAAUAUAUAUUUAACUUAUAUCCCAAAAUAAGUACAGGGUUAGAUCAUUAUGCAUGUAUUGCAUAUUCAAAGAAAAAGCCAAGUGUCUAUUGUUGGGGUGGGAAUAGUAGCAACCAAUUAGGAGUUGGUAUACAUAUACGAUACUGUGAAAAACCAACUGUUGUUAAUUUUUUUGAAAAUUUUAUAGCUUGUUCAGUUUGUUGCACACAUUAUUCAACAUAUGUUUUAGUCAAAGAAAAUUUAAAUGAUGAAGGAUGUUUUGUUUAUUCAUUUGGUAAGGGAAAUAAUGGUUUGCUAGGUUAUAGAAAACAUAGGGAAAUUAUAGACGAUACAAAAUCUGAGAUAAAUCAUAAAAAUGAAAAAGAAAAAAAAGGAAAAUAUAUUAACAAAAAUGUUCUUAACGCUUUUGGCAUUAGUGGAGGAGUUGAAUCAUCCAUUAGCAGUGCCACCAGUUUGAUGAGUUUCGAUUAUGAUCGAAUUUCAAGCGAUAGAAAAAGUGAAAAUUCUGAAAACAAAAAAGAGGAUAACCAUGGUGAGCUAAACGAAAAUUCACAAGAUAGUAAUUCAACAAAUUCAAUGGAUAAAGAUUCGAAACAAGACAUUAAAAUUGAUGGAAAUAAAAAUGAAGUCAUAAAUCGGGAUGAUAAAAGAAAGGAGGAUAAAGCUGAUUGGUUUACACCUGUUCCUAUAAAAAUACGAUUCCCUGAAUAUACAAAAAUAAAAUAUAUUUCUUGUGGUGAUAUGCAUAUAUUGGCAAUAUCAACAGAUGGUAUUUUAUAUGGAUGGGGAUCAAACAGUUUUGGAUGUGUUGGGAAUGGAACAUAUACAAAUGUUUAUGAACCAACUCAAAUACAUUUAGAAAAACGGUCGAUAAAAAAUGAAAAUGAAAGUAAUCCAUAUCAAUAUAAAUUUUACAAUAAUUCAAAAGAAAAUAAUUAUGAUUAUUUAAAAAAUUGUGUUAUUCAUUGUUCAGCAGGAAGUAAACAUAGUUUAGCAUGUACAAUAAAUGGGGAUAUAUAUAGUUGGGGUUUUGGAGGUAAUGGUCGAUUAGGAUUAGGGGAUAUAAAAACUUAUAAUACACCACAAAUAAUAAAUAAGUUAAAAAAAAGAAAGAAAAUAAUAUUUGUAUGUGCAGGUGUAUCACACUCUAGUUGUAUAGAUACAGAUUAUAAUGUUUAUACAUGGGGUAGUGGUAAAUUUUAUAAGUUAGGACAUGGAAAUGAUACCGACUUGCUAUAUCCAAAAAAGAUAGAAUUUUUUAAUUUUAAUAAAAAGAUAUUUAUGUUAAGUUCAUCUUGUUUUAAUUCUAUAGCUUUAAAUAUUAAUGGUGAUGUUUAUAUAUGGGGGACAUUUAAUAUUUCAAAAAAUGGUAGCAGUACAUAUAUUUGUAAAACACCUAAACAAAUAAAUACAAACUAUAAAUGUAUUUAUGUACAUGCAUCUACUUAUAUACCAUUUGGUAUAACAUUAGUUGGUGAUUUAAUUAUGUUUGGAAAUAAUUAUUAUAAAAAUAUAAAUAACAAUGAAAUAAUAUUAGAUAAUACCGAUAGUAGUUUAGAUUCAGAUGAUAAUGUAAUUGAACAUAUUGUUGAGGAUCGAAAAAAAAACAAUGAAAUUGGAAAUGUCACUUUGCAAAAUUCUCAAAAUAAUUGUACUCCCCAAUUGGGUGGAAGCAAAAUGGGAAAUACUAAUUUAUAUAUUAACACUUUUUAUAAAAAAGAUAAAAAUAUGCAAAUAGUAUAUAUAAAAGAAUUGAGAGGAAAAAUAUAUAUUAAAGACGUGAUUACAGACUUUUACAAUUUAAAUAAAACACUUAUUAAUGAAAUUAGGGUAGCAAAAAAAUUAUUUCAAAAUAAAAAUAGUGAAGGUGUGGAACCAUUAUUCGGUGAAAUGAAUAAUAUUGGUUUGAAAAUAAAAUCUAAAACAAAAAUAAUAGAUGGGAAUGAUUAUUUUAGUAUAUUUUUAAUAGAGAAUGGAAAAGUAUAUGGAUCAGGAUGGAACAAAAAUGGAGAAUUAGGAACAGGAGACUACAAUUUAAAUAAAAAAUAUCAUAUUCCUAUUAAUAUAAAUAUAUGUGUAAAUAAAAUAAUGAAAAUAGUGUGUGGAAAUGAUUAUGUAUUGGCUUUAAAUGAUUUAGGGUAUGUAUAUGGAUGGGGUAAAAAUAAUAAAAGCCAAUUAGGACUUGGUAUUACAAAAGAUUUUUAUGAACCUGUACAUGUAAAAUCAUUAAGUAAUGUUAUUAAUAUAUAUGCAGGAUAUGAUCAUAGUGCCUGUAUUGUUAAUAAUAAUUUUUAUUCGAAUAAUGAAAAUGAAGAAAAAAUUGAAUGUGGUGAUUUAUAUAUAUGGGGAAAUGCAGAAAGUGGGAAAGUUGGAUUAGGUAAUGAAUAUAUACAAGGGUUUAUAUUAUUACCAAGAAAAAUUAAUUUAGCCAAAAAUAUAUAUAAAUGUUCUUUAGGAACUAGCCAUAGUUUAUUUUUAACUGAAAAUAAUGAGUUAUAUGUAUGUGGCAACACAAAUAAUGGACGGUUAGGUAUGUCAGAUGAGGUGGAAUGUAAAAAAGAGGACAAUACUGACAACAAGAUUAGUGAGCAUAUUUCCAUUUUAAGUUACCCUAAGCAGGUUAAACUAAAUGAAGAGAUAUACAUCAAAGAUAUAUUAGCUGGAUCAACAUAUAGUAUAAUAUUAUCCAUUGAUGGAUUUAUAUAUAUAUGUGGUGAAUUUAUAAAAAAUAAAAUAUUUUAUAAAAGUUUCACAUUAUAUAAUCAGAUAAGUAAUAUAAAAAUGAUGGUUGGAAAAUAUCAACAUGUUUUAUUCUUAACACAUGAUAAUAAAAUAUUUGGAUUAGGUGAUAAUAGUUAUUUUCAAAUUUUGAGUAAUAAUCAAAAAGAAACUUAUUUAAAUUCUCCAACAUUAGUUCCAUAUUUUUUAAAACAUAAUGUUGAACAGAUUUAUUCAUUUAAAAAUGUAAGUUUUGUACAACUGUCUAAUAAUGAUAUAUAUGGAUGGGGGUAUUCCAAAAAUGGGCAUCUAGGUAUAGGUUUAAAAAAUUUAGUAUAUAUAAAAAAUCCAAUAAAUAUUAUAAAAACAUGGGUAGGAUAUGAAGAAGAAGAAUAUGAAAAUGAAGCAGACAAUAUCGAAGGAGGAAUAAUAGAUAAUGAAGAUAUGUUUUCACAUAAAUAUAAUAUUUAUACAAAUUGGAAUGAAAUAAAUAUGGUAAAAAAAAAAAUAAUAAAUAAAGAACGUUUUAAUAAUUAUUUAGUAUAUCAAAAUUAUUAUGAAGAGCAAAUUGAACAAUUUAUAUUUCAAGUCCAAAAUUUAGAAAAUAUUAUAAAUUGGGAAUAUAUACAAAUAUUAUUAAAAAGUGAAGAAUAUAAUAAUAGUUUAAAUUAUAUAAAAAAUUAUGAAAAAGAUUUAAUUGAUUUAUAUACUAAACAUAUGAAAUUUUUAUUAAAUUUACAAAAGUUUGAAAAAAAAUAUAAUGAUUUAUAUAUCAAUUUACAAAAUUAUAUUUUAUCUCAUAUUGCUUAUAUGAAAGAGCCGCUACCAAAUAUUAUGUACACAAACAAUACUCAUAUUUUCGAUUCUAAUAGAAAAAGUGUAGAAAAUUUUAUUUACAUAUUACAACAACAACCAUUAUAUUUAAUUAUGAUCUGUAUUAUACAUAAUUAUAAAAAUGUAAAAAUUUUGAAAAAAAUCGUAUUUGAAAAGAAUAGAAAUAAUACACAUUUUGAUUAUACAGUAGAUGCUGGUCCUAAUGUAAACACAAUGGACACACUACGACAUGCAUAUGAUUAUGAUACCUUUGAUGAGAGACAAAAAAAAUAUACAGUCACAGAUAUAAAGAAAAAACAUAAAUUUUAUCAAAAUAGCACAAAAAUUUUAUGUUCUUUUAUAUUUGAUUUAUAUUAUGAUAUAAGAAAUAAAAGAGUACUUAAUAUUUUUACAAUUUUUUUAAUAAAACUUGGAAUUGAAGAGAUGAAAAAUUGUUUACAUAUUGACUCCUUAUAUAAAAUAGAGACUUCAAUAUUUUUUACAUUAAUUCGAAUGUUAUUUAUGAAAAAUGAUAUUUUAUCAACCUUUUCAAAUUCGAUAGCAAAUAUGAAUAACAAGAAUUCUUUUGUAAGAUUACUAGAUGGUAUGUCUAGGAAAAGGACCCAAUCAGAUAAUUUACACAAUUUUCAAUUGACAAAGGUUUCAUAUUUAGAUGACACAAAAAGAGAAUAUAAUGAAAUAAAUUAUGACCAUUUAGAUGCAUAUAGCCAAAACGAUACAAUUUUAGAGAACCCAAAUUAUAUUCAUAAUAAUGCCAUAAUAAAUAUGAAAAACAAAAUUGGCGAAAAUAUAGAAUUAAAAAAUGAAAAUAAUAAAGUAGAGAAUAAACCAAGAAAUUCUAUUAAAAUGUUUGUUGAAAUGGAAGAUGAAGAAAAAAAUAAACAAUUUUUAAAUUUCAUAAAAGGGAAAGAUGAUGAUGAAAAAAAAAAAUAUAAUCACAACCUUUUUAAUAAUAAAAAACCAAUAAUGAAUAAUUAUGCUAUUACUGAAACAGAUGUAAGAGAUAAUUUUCAAACAGAAAAAAGACAAUAUAUAUCUGAUGAAGAAACAAAUGAAAUAAAACAAGAGGAAAAAAAUAUUCUUGUUGAAAUAGAUUUUGUACAGGUAUUUAAAGAGUUGUGUAAAAUAUUUGAAAAAAUAGAGUUCCCAGAAAUAUUUAAAGUUAUUAUAAAAUAUUUAUUUAAAUAUUUUUGUAUAUAUGAAAAGAAUAUAAAUAAAGAAGAAAAUAAUAAACAACAAAAUAAAAUAUAUUUUAUAAAUGAUAAUUUGAUUGUAUAUCUACCUUUUUUUAACUUAAUACUUAUGGGUGUUAUAUUACCAAUAUUAAGUAACAUUCAAAAGGUGUCAGAAAAAUAUUAUUAUCCUCCUAUUCCUGUACAUAUUAUAAAAACAUGUGAUCGAAUCUGCGAUUUUAUACAAAUUUUAUAUUUAAAUAAAUUUGAAUCUUUAAAUACUUAUAAUUUAAAAAACAAUUUUAUUUCUGUUAAAUAUAUAUUUGAAAACACAUUCAAUUCAUUUAUACAUAUUUUAAAUAAACUUAUAACUAAUACAAAAUAUGAUAUAUAUGCUAAUUUAUAUAUUGAUAUGUUUCAUUACCAUUUAGAUAUUAAACCAUAUUUUGUCCAAUUAAAAUUAUUUCAACUAUGUCAUAUUUUUAAUUUAUUUUUCCGCUUCCAAAAUUAUAUUGCACUAUCUUUUGACGACCCAAUUAUUAAAAUUGUCAACUUAUUUUACAAAUAUAAAAGAGAUAAUAUGCCAGUUAACGUGUCUGGAAAGUGGAGAUCAAAUCAAAGAAACCCUGAUAGUAAAAUUUCACACCCCAAAAUUAAUGAUAGACAAAAUGGGCUAUCCAAUGAAAAAGAAUAUGACACAACUUCGAAUAAAGAACGGGAAAUAUUACCAUCCGGCCCAAUUAAAAAUAAUACACCAUUGACAAACAUGAUGAAAGAAAAAAAAAAGUUAUUAUAUAAUCUUAUAAAAAAAACAUCAAAGGGAAAAGACAGUAUAGAGAAGGAAGUUAAGCAAGGAGCCAUAGAAAUAAACAAAAAAAUAAAUAGUUCGAAUCAACAUAAGCAACAAGUCAUAGAAAUAAACAAAAACAUAAAUAAUUUAAAUCAACAUACAAAUGUGGAGAAGGAAAUAAAAUGUUAUAAGCCCAUAAAUAAUGCCCCAAACAAUUAUGACACACAAAAUAGCGACCAUAUUGGAAGGAAAAAGAAUAAAAAAUUAAUCUUUGAUGAGAUUGAAAUAGAAUUUUUUAUAAAAUGUAAAUUAAUAUAUAAUUUUAAAAUAGACACUCGAUUUUUAUUGACAGAAAAAAAUAUAAGUAUAUGCCAAUUUACAAAAAUACCAAUGCCUCAAUAUAUGGCAUAUCGAAAAAGUGGGUGUAUUGAAAAUAGUGAAUAUAUAUUUUCUUUUAUACAUAAUUAUAAUUGUAAAAAAGAUAAUGUAUACAUAAUAUCAGAGUGUUUUAAAAAUUGUCCACUUUUUGAAGAUUGUGAUGAUACUAAUAAUUUACUAUUAAAAUUAAAGGAACUUAAAACAUAUUAUGUUUCAUUACAAGAACAAGAUGAAGUAAAUUUGGUGCAUUUAAUUAAAAAAGUUAUUGAUAUAUUUGUGUCUGAUGAAAUGAUAUAUGUUGAUUUUUUUGAAGAAUUUCCUCCUAAUUUAUACAUUAAAAAAUUUAAAUAUGAUAAAAUUGAAAAAUCAAAAUAUGAUCAAGAAUAUUUAGUUAUGAUACAAAAUACUUAUGAUAAAGAUACUUUUUUUAAAGUCAAAUGGAGAAAUAUAGCUAUCCAGCUAGCUAUAAAUAUUUUAAAAAAAAAAAAACAUAUGAAUUAUUUAAAAAAAUUAUAUGAACAGCAAGAAGAAAUUGAACAAUUAAUUUUAAAUUAUAAAUAUAAUAUGAAAAAAAAUAUGGAUAUGCUAAAAAAUAGUCUUAUUUUUGUUUCAAAACUUUUAAUAGAAAAACCAAUAUUAAUAAAUGCUAUUCGUUUUAAGAAAAACUUAUAUUUUAUUAAUUUAAAAAAAAAAAAAGAUAUUUUAAAGCUAGCCAAAUCAAAUUAUGCACCAUAUGAUAUAUCUACUGUACGUAGUUAUCCCAUCAAAAUGUUAAUAAAUAAUUCAUUAAUCACAAAUAUUAACAAUUUGUUAAAACCUGUAUUAAAUUAUUUAACCAUUGAAAUACAUUUAUGUUUAGACAAUAUAAUAAAAUUAAACCUUGUGUUAAAUAAAAAUCAAAACCGAAGUACAAUCAGUAAUCACAUGUUUAUAAGUACAGAUAUAUAUACUAUGUAUAAUGGCUCUCCAUUUUUAUCAUACCCUCUUUUCAAUUAUAACAAAACCCAUUUGUGUUUAAUAAAUGGAUUUAAUUUUGUUCACCUUUUACAUGACCUGAUCACAGAUUUAUAUUGA